AUGUCUGAAAUGACUCAUGAUCCGAAAGAUCUGACUCAAACCUAUUCAAAAGAAGAUCAAGAUCGACUUCUCACAAUUGUUGAUCAUCGCAUCACCACGUUUGUUAACGAUAUCAGGAGAUGGGUAUGAAUACAACGUUUUUUUCAAGUUACUACCAGUUUUUUUCAGUUGAACUACUAUAACGGAUUCAGCAAAGAGUUUUUUGAAGCACCACUAAAAAUUGCACAUAACAUGGUCAAUAACGCAAUCACUAUGAAAGAGAUUUUGAGAACGGAUGUGCAUCUGACAUUAUAAAGAAUUAAAAGAAAAUAAAAAGUUCAGGUUGUCUCAGUUGUCCGACUCCAAAAACUCGCGUUGAACUUUGAGAUCUAUUACCACGACAAGUACAUGCCGCUGGUAAGCUACCUCUCCGAUAAUUCCAAGAAUCACUGAAUUCCAGAAGUACUCUGCAAUCAACAUUCUGCAGCACGGCGGAUGGACAAACUACAACUUGAAAAAGCUGGACAGAGUGUGGCGGAACAUUGUGAACGACCGAGAUAUCGAAGAGCGAGUUGUGCUUCCGCCGAGACCUCGCGCUGAUCUCCGCGCUUUCAUUGGCAUUUUCAACGGCCUGGGGUGA